AAUUAGAUUACCUAUAAACGGAAGAUAGGCAAUUUAGGCUAUGUGUAUUCCAACAAUGCCUAGUAUAAUAUAUACAGGGACGAGUUCUAAAUGUAAGUCUCGCAGCCUCUCUACAUUAGCGCUUCGUAUAUCUCAUACCGCCAUCAUCUAUAGAACAUCAGCCAUAUUCAUGAACAUGGCCCUUGUUCCCCUUGGUAUCUUCUACGGCGGCGUCAUGACCGGUAUACCAGUCGUGACCGGCGUAGCCGAGGGUGUGCACCACCAGAGGAACCAGAACGCCGAAGCUGCAGACGACACCCGAAUGGUGAAAUUCUACCUCGACAGCUUCUGCACGCCCAACACGCCGCAAGGGCGCGAAGUCAACGCCAGCAUCGUCGUCCUUCGCGGCGAUCGACUAUGGCUGUCUCCGACGGACGAGACAUCAGGACUGCCCGUGGACGGUUCGCAUCAUCCCUUUACGGGGUUCUACAUACAAUACCCGGACGAGGAGCGUUCGCCGCCACAGCGUGGCUUGGUCAGUACGAUAUCCGUGGAUCCGCCGAUGUUGAACUGGAUUUAUGUGGACAGGGAGACGCUGGGCUUGCGAUAUGGCAAUCGCACUGCGUCGAUAGCACAUGUUGUUGGGCCGUGGGAUUGGACGGAUGAUGAGGUUGGUGUUACGCUCGAGGGGUGGGAAGGAUUCUGCGCGGUUGAGGUGCCAGAGGAGGACAGAUUGGAUGGUCUGAAGUGGGCCUUGUACUAUGACAUCGAUAAUGAUAAGAUGGGUGGAGGGGAAAUGGUUGGAGGAGCCACGGUACUACAGGUUAGUCUGGAGAGAAGGAUACUACCAGAAGAUCUAAGAAGGCAACAGGAGGAGGCGGCGGACCAGAAGAUGCAGGUAACAAGUCAUGGAGAUAUGAAGGCACAGUGGGGUGGAAAAGCAGUAAGUUGAACUAUGAUCAUAUAGAUAAUGUUAUGUACUAGUAGAAUUACAAUAAUGAUC